AUGGGGACAGAAGAUGCAGCGCCUCGCGCGUCUCCUGAGGCAUUUCGGGUGACAGUCGAGUUCUGUGGAGGCUUGGAACAGCUGACAGAAAAAAAGACCAAAACACUUCCUCUCAGGUUUUUGCCCCUCCGCCAACCCCCGUCUCCGGCCUGCGCAGCCCCAGACGGGGGUGAAAAUGCGGGAAAGGGACAAAAAACAGUCAAGCUGUACCAGCUCGUUUCGUUCCUCAGUUCGCAUGUCGUCGUCGAAAAACCAGAGCUGUUCGCGGAAGCGUAUGAGCCACCGUGUCGCGCCGACAGGGAAGGCGAGGGCGGCCUGGUCGCAGGGGAGAGCCGGGAACCAGCGAGAGAUACAGAGGGAAGAAACGAGGCUGUUUUCUCCACGGACUUGCUUUGUGCUCCCACGCUGUCGCCCAUGCGCAUAAAACCCGGCAUUCUUGCCCUCAUCGAUGACGUCGAUGUGGAAGUCCUCGGAGGCAUGGAGGCUCCUGUCCCCAGUGGCAGCUGCGUCACGUUCAUCUCCACUCUACACGGCGGAUAA